UUUAAUUAUGAACUAGAUGUGUUCAACAAAUUCAAGGACAAGGAUGGAAAUUUCCAGAAAGCUAUCAGUAACGAUGUCAAGGGCAUUCUCAGCUUAUAUGAAGCAAGUUUUGUAAGUGUGCAUGGAGAAGAUAUUCUAGAUGAAGCUCUUGCUUUUACAAAGCCAAUCUUGGAGUCAUCACUAGCUAUGCAAUCAAUUCCUCGUCAUCUUGCACAACAUAUAAGAAAUGCUCUCGUCUUGUCCUUUCACAAAGGAGUACCAAGAGUUGAGGCCAGGAAAUACAUUUCUGUUUACGAAGAAGAUGAGUCUCGAAAUGAAACCCUACUUGAGUUUGCAAAAUUAGAUUUCAAUCGAGUUCAAUUACUACACAGACAAGAGCUUGGUGAACUAGUAAGGUGGUGGAAAGAUUCCAAUCUUGCAGGGAAGCUUCCCUACGCAAGAGACAGAAUCGUAGAGCUCUAUUUCUGGGCAUGUUCAAUACAAUCCGAGCCUCAUUAUGCUCUUUUAAGGUUAAUGGUAACCAAAUAUCUGACAAUGGUGUCAUUAUCAGAUGACACAUAUGAUGCAUAUGCUACAAUGGAAGAAAUCAAUGCCUUUACCGAUGUAUUUGAGAGGUGCAACAUUGGUGCAAUUAAUGAACUGCCAGAGUACAUGAAAAAUUUGUACAAGGCAUUUUUGGAUCUUUUUGAGGAAACAAGUAAUAUUUUGAGCAAAGAAGGAAGGUCUUAUUGUGCCUACUAUAUAAAGGAGGAAUUUAAAGAAUUGUUGAGAGCCUACCGGAUGGAGGCACAAUGGUUCAAUGAUGGCUAUGUGCCAACAUUUGGUGAGUAUUUGUCCAAUGGUGUAGUCUCAAGCAGCUAUGGAGUCGUUGCGGCAGUUUGUUUCGUUGGGAUGGUAAAGUUUGCAGGCAUCAAGGAAUAUGAGUGGCUAAAAGUUAACCCAAAAAUUGUUAAUGCUAGCAAUAUAAUUGGUCGUUUGGUGAACGAUAUAGUUUCCCACGAGGAAAAGCGAAAAGGUCCUGGACACUGUGCUUCAAGUGUAGAGUGUUACAAAAAAGAAUAUGGUGUUACAGAAGAAAAGGCAGUUGAAGAGAUAUUGAAAAUUUGUGGAAAUGCAUGGAAAGAUAUGAAUGAAGAAUGCAUGAGACCAACUUCUAUUCCAAAGCCUAUCCUUGAAUGUGUGGUUAACAUGGCUCACAUAAUAGAGGUUUCAAAUCCUGAUGUCUAG